AUGGCGCCGAUGAGCUACUCGCCGGGCCUGCACAUCAUCCUGGCCCUUGGAAUCCUGAUGCUGUCUCUCGCGGCGCACCUCUACGCGAAGCCCUUCAAGAAGGAGAAGAACAUGCUGAACAACGUGGAGGGCGCCUCGCUCACAGUCCUGAACGUGGCCCUGCUCCUCGCCAUGUACAUCACCACCGACAUCUGGAGCGCCACGACCGCCUCCAAGCAGGUUGCGACGAUGCUCGCGGGCAGCCUACUGAUCGGCUGGUUCUGGGUGCUCAUCGGCCUGCUGAUCCAGGCGAAGCUGGCGGAGAUGCGCGAGAGGAGAGCCCCGACGAGCAGCUGGCGGCGGAGGGCGCCCCGGCGCCGCAGCGGGCCUCGGCUUCUGCCUGCAGCAGCUGGCAGGAGGCGCCGCAGGGCGGCGCGGCGGCCGCGGCGGCGACGCACGCGGCGCAGGACGAGGGAGGAGGUCAGCGCCCAGCAGGCCGUGGACCUCGGUUUGGCCCUCCAGUAG